UAAAAUCAGGUCCUCGAAAGAAGGACCUCGCAGAGGUAAAUAAAUCCCCUAACAUGAGCCUGUAGAAAUUUCCUGAAAUAAUUCUGCGUUUUAAAGUCUUUAGGUGGUCAGGCAUAAUGGCUGAAGAUAAUGAAUUGGAAAAACGGGCUAUAGAGGAACUCCUCAAGGAGACAGACAGAGCCAGGGUGAGAGCUGAGACCAUGGGCCCUGCAGGAUGGUUGAAAUGUCCCCUGCAGAGCACCAACAAACGCUUUCUCCUCAACACUCUGCGCUCUACCGGCCUGCAGCGGCGAAACGAUGAGCAGAGAACCGCAGACUCCAAAACAAGAGACCGCCUGACCCACAAGUCCCGUGACAGACGGUGUGACCGCAGCAGAACACCUCCGACAGACCACAGGAGUAAUGGACGCCACAAAGACCAUAAACAUCACACCCGUUCAAACCGAGAUAAGGAACUGGACAAAGAUAAGAACAAAUCUGACAGACACGGGGACAACAGCAGAGACAGGAAGCAUGCCGAUGGACCAAACGGAGACAGAAAAAGAAGUUCUUCAUGAAUGAACUUGCUGUGUUUUAAAGGUAGCCUUGAUGCUCUACUGAAAAAUUAAUUGGCUGGAGGAGUAUGGCUGACUUGAAAUAGUUCUGUAGAGCCCUCUCACCCUCACAGAGACCCAGACAGACUAGAAGGACCUCUGCUGAUCACAACGAAUUGUACAGUGACAGAAUAUACAAUUUGUAUUACAGCUUUUGAAUGAAUGAAUGAAGAGAGUAAAAGGAAAUAAAUAUUUUGUGUUUUCAGGCAUGAAUAAUUGAUCCUCUUACAGUUCUAACAUGAAUCUUUAUGCACCAGAACGAAACAUCAAAUAUACUUUUUAGGAUAUAAUCUAAAAAUCAUAUCAAAGCUAAUAUUUGUUUUAUCAUGUUCCACUUUGUAAAGGUGGCUGUAGCUCCAUUAUAAUGUCAUUAACCAUUCUUUUGUGGUUAUCCACCACUGGUGUUUAUAUAAGCCAUGCUGCUGUCGCCAAAGAGUAAACAAAUUUUAUAUCC